GACAAGCACAACAAAAGCGGAUGUUCCUGGCUGGCAUUUUUAUUUCAGCAUCGUUUUAAACAGCAUAUUCUUCAUAUUGACGUUGUAACUUUGACAGACAAUCAAGUGACAGAGUUUGUCGACUGUAGUCUUACAACGGAGUUGUCAUUGGAGAAUUGCAAUCUUUGAAGAAAAGUUGGGUCCGUCAUGGCCUCGAGAAAGAAGGUGCUCUUGAAAGUGAUAAUCCUCGGAGACUCUGGGGUUGGGAAAACUUCACUGAUGAACCAGUAUGUCAAUAAGAAGUUUAGCAACCAGUACAAAGCAACUAUCGGUGCAGAUUUUUUGACUAAGGAAGUAAUGGUGGAUGACAGGCUUGUUACUAUGCAGAUCUGGGACACAGCCGGACAAGAACGAUUUCAGUCACUGGGUGUGGCGUUUUAUCGUGGGGCUGAUUGCUGUGUACUGGUCUAUGAUGUUACUGCACCCAACACGUUCAAAACCCUUGACAGCUGGCGGGACGAGUUCCUUAUCCAAGCCAGCCCGCGAGAUCCAGAGAACUUCCCCUUUGUGGUACUUGGCAACAAGAUUGACCUAGAGAAUCGGCAGGUGACAACAAAAAGAGCUCAGGCAUGGUGUCAGAGCAAGAACAGUAUCCCAUACUUUGAGACCAGUGCCAAAGAGGCUAUCAAUGUCGACCAAGCUUUCCAGACCAUCGCCCGAAACGCCCUCAAACAGGAAUCACAGGUAGAGACGUACGAUUUCCCCGACCAGAUCAAACUGCGAGAUGACAGACCGGCCUCCUCCAGCGAGGGCUGCAGCUGCUGAAAAGGGACAGAUGAGUGGACCAAUAUCAUGGCAAGAACUCCAGGUGGGGGGAGAGAGAGGCCAGUGCAUGGAUGGAUUCCCCUCACCAAUACUCCCAUAUGCAAAACAUUCAAAUUUAAAACAAAAAAAAGAUUGCAUAUUUUCUUAACUCCCCUACCUAUGUAAAGAUUUCAUAGGACCGAAACCAGUUGCACAGCAUCACUUUUAUUAUAACUACUUUAGGAAAAAAAAACAUGUUUCUAUUAAAUAUACAUUAUAUGUGAUAGUCCUUAUAUUAUUGUCAGUAUUGUUUUGUUAUGUUUUAUUUUUACCAUUCUCAUUAUUUGUAAAAUCACCGCUUAUGGUGCAGACAGGCAGUUUUCAGCAGCCAUUGGCUUGUCUGCUUGCCUCUGUAUGUCCUUGGUGUGCCUUCCAUCUUCUGUGGUAUUAUUAGGCAGGUGUUGUUACUCUGCCUCAUUGUGUUAUUCCCUGUUUGCCAAAUAUUGUUUUCUGUCACCUGUCAAACCCAAACCCUCUUUCAUCAACACUGCCCAGCCUGAAAAGCAGUUCCCCAACAGCACUGUUCAAUUGCAGAAAAGCAUACUGCUUGCAUAUAAAAAGCAUGUGCACAGUUGCAAUGUUAUGUACAAGUAACCAUCCUUUAGGUGGGGGAAAUGCCUGUGCAAAAGUAACUCUAAAUAAAUCCUUCACGUACAGUAGCUCUUCUUCUUUGAGCUGGUUGACUACCUAACUGUGCAUGGCAGAGGUGAUGGGUGGUGGGUUGUUUGAUUAUUUUGGGAGCCUUUUACCUGAACAGUGGCCUAAUUAGGACUUGUUUACUAGACUGGGAUAUCCUAUGUGGCAUCAGGUGAGGUGCUGUAUAUAAAGUCAGAUGCUGGUAUGCCCUGUCUGCCCAUUCCAAAUGCCAAUCAAUCAGACUUGAGACUGGACCGUAUAUCCUGGGAUUUGUUAAGAAAUAAACUCACUCAGUUACAAUCUAUGGCAGGCCCCCUUAUAUGAAUGUAUCUAUCUGUCAAACUCCUCUGAAUCCCUCAAAGCCAUGUUAUAUGGAAGAACAAUAAAAUAUUGAAUAUACUUUAAGAGUA